UUGAAUAUGUAUUUUGUAGGUUUCAUUUUCAUCGUUUGCCUUUCUUUGUACCAAGUUAAUAGCUUAGGAACAAAAUUAUAUUCGAGUUGUCCAAAGAGUGUGUUAGAUCGAUAUUGUGUUUUAAACGACAGAAUAUCACCACCCGCUUGUGCAAGAGGGCUUGGCGUUUACAGAGGUCUUGAGCUAUUUGACAAUUGUUAUAAUGCAAUUGUUGAGACGGGAAAACUACUGUCCACAGACGAGAAAUUAGAGAAAGUUUGUUUCCUGAAUCAUGAUGAAUACAUCGGCAUUUCUAAUUGUUGUGAAUAUGCAUUUAAAAUGGAUUUGAAAAGAGAAGGAAGAGCAUACAAUGCUGCUGACAAUGAAGAGGUUGGUGCGGUUUUGGAAGCGGUUCCGGCGGAGGAAGGCGAUGGCGCCGGAGGGAGGGGGUUCCUCGAACGGCGCGGAACGAGUCUGUCGGACUCGGCGCUCGAAGAGACGUUGGAGGAACGGGGCUCGACGAGCCAGAGGUAG